AUGGUUUCUUCAACUCCCUUAACAGAUGAUAUGCUGCUCGAGAUCUUUCAUCUUCCUCUAAAUUCAACCUACAAGUUUAAAUGUCUAUCUAAGGUAUGGUUAUCUAACCUCUCACACCCUGAAUUCAUUACCAAAUGGUUCAAAAUUAACAGCAAAUCUCUUCUAUGGAUACAAUAUUAUUCAACUAAUGAUCGCCGGGUUACUGAUGAACAUGAUGAUAAAAACCGCUUGAUAUCUAAGAUGGCAUAUCCUGAAUCACAUUCAGGGUUCAUGUCUAGAAAUGACCAUUUGUUCUCUCUUAAGUUUCUUAUGAAUCAGAAACCAUCUGGAGCUGAGUUGCUUGUUUUAGGUUCUAGUAAUGGCUUGGUACUUUGUUCAGUUAUUUUGUAUCCUCGGAGGAAGAAGACGGAUGGUGUGUAUCAUGUUUGUAAUCCACUAACUCAGAAAUGGGUUUCACUUCCUCCCUAUAUUGAAGGAUUUGGUGUUAAUGCUAUAUCUUGUGAGUAUUCAUCAUCAUUCCCAAGUUGUUUUAAGGUUGUACGUAUCCGAGAAUUUGAAUCGCCUUCGAAGAAAUUCAAAGUUGAUAUGUUUUGUUCUACUCUUGGUGUUUGGGAAAGCUUUCAAGUUUCGUGUGAUAAAAAUGUUGUGUGGGGAUGGUCUAAUAAUAGUGUUACCCUUAAUGGUGUUUUGUUUUGGGCUGAAGGGGGUGGAAUGUUAGUUUGUGAUCUUAAUCAGAAAAAUGGAAGUGGUGGACGGCGAUGUAGUUUGAUUGAUUUGCCGGAUAGGGUGCUUGGUGUUGAUGAGUUUGGUAUCUUUGAUAGUCGCAUUGGGGAGUCAGAAGGCGAUUCAAACUCAUCAAGAUACCAGUAA